GGCGACUUUGAGGCUGUAGGUCGGCCUGGACUUCCUUCCCCUGCGCGUUGCCGUCGUCCCCAGGCGACCGGAGUCCUCCCCGAACUUCCUCGCAGGACUUUGGACAACUUUCUGGGACGAGGCGGGCCCAGGGCCGGGGCGUUUUCCGUGGGGCCGGUGGCGAGGAAGGGGCCUCGGGACGCCGCUCGCCGAGGAUGGGCUGGAAAUAUUUUCGAAUUAGUUUGUAUGCGGAAUGGAGAAAACUUGUGAAUAAACAGCAUGCUUGCCCAGGAGCCCGCCCUUGAAGGAUGGUUGACUGUCAUCUGGAAAAGAUCUGAAUAUUUUCUACCUGAGAUCUUUUGCUUUGUAAUCAAAUGAGUUACCUCUCUGAAUGACCUGUCUGUGUAUUUGAAAUAUAGCCUUCACUUAAACAGUUGAAUUUAGAUCAUGCCUAGCAGAAUGGGCUCAAAAGUUGAUCUGAGCAGAGACUUCAUCAGGGUAAAAACACAUUAUAGUGGAGACAUACUGAUAGCAAACUUGGAUGCAUCAAUGAGCUAUGAUGAACUUUGUGAUGAAGUGCGUGAGAUGUGUUCUUUGCAACAGGAACAACCAAUUACCCUCAAGUGGAUUGAUGAUGAAGGUGACCCAUGUACCAUCUCAUCUCAGAUGGAACUGGAAGAAGCCUUCCGUUUGUAUUGUCAUAACAGAGAUGAAGGGCUGAUUAUUCAUGUAUUCCCGGGUGUUCCAGAGAAACCUGGUAUGCCUUGUCCAGGAGAAGAUAAAUCGAUCUACCGCCGUGGAGCCAGAAGAUGGAGGAAGCUGUACCGAGUCAAUGGGCAUUUGUUUCAGGCCAAACGUUUUAACAGAAGAGCAUACUGUGGCCAGUGCAGUGAAAGGAUAUGGGGUCUUGGAAGGCAAGGCUACAAGUGUAUCAACUGCAAAUUGUUGGUCCAUAAACGUUGUCAUAUACUUGUACCACUGACCUGCAGAAGGCAUAUGGAUUCAACCAUGCCUUCCCAGGAGCCUCAGUUAGAUGAUAAAAAUGAUGAAGCUGACGUUCCCUUAGAAGAGACUGAUGGAAUUCCUUACUUGCCUUCAAACCGGAAACAUGACAGCAUUAAAGAUGACUCUGAGGAUAUCAAACCAGUCAUUGAUGGAAUGGAUGGAAUUAAGAUUUCUCAGGGGCUUGGACUGCAGGACUUUGACUUAAUCAGAGUUAUUGGACGUGGAAGCUAUGCCAAAGUUCUUUUAGUUCGAUUAAAAAAGAAUGAUCAAAUUUAUGCCAUGAAAGUAGUGAAAAAGGAAUUGGUUCAUGAUGAUGAGGAUAUUGAUUGGGUACAGACAGAGAAACAUGUGUUUGAACAGGCAUCCAGUAACCCGUUCCUCGUUGGUUUACAUUCAUGCUUUCAAACAACAAGUCGAUUGUUUCUGGUCAUAGAGUAUGUAAAUGGGGGAGAUCUUAUGUUUCACAUGCAACGGCAAAGAAAGCUUCCUGAAGAACAUGCAAGAUUUUAUGCUGCUGAAAUUUGUAUUGCUCUAAACUUCCUACAUGAAAGAGGAAUAAUCUACAGAGAUUUAAAACUAGACAAUGUUCUUUUAGAUGCAGAGGGGCAUAUCAAAUUAACAGAUUAUGGCAUGUGCAAGGAAGGAUUAGGCCCUGGUGACACUACAAGCACUUUCUGCGGAACACCAAAUUACAUUGCACCAGAGAUCCUCAGAGGUGAAGAAUAUGGAUUCAGUGUGGACUGGUGGGCUCUUGGUGUAUUGAUGUUUGAAAUGAUGGCGGGAAGGUCUCCAUUUGAUAUCAUUACUGACAAUCCAGACAUGAAUACUGAAGAUUACCUCUUUCAAGUUAUUCUUGAAAAGCCAAUCCGGAUUCCAAGGUUUCUUUCUGUUAAGGCCUCCCAUGUCUUAAAAGGAUUUUUAAACAAGGAUCCCAAAGAAAGGCUUGGAUGUCAGCCACAGACAGGAUUUUCUGAUAUCAAGUCUCACACGUUUUUUCGCAGCAUAGACUGGGAUCUGCUGGAAAAGAAGCAAACAAUGCCUCCAUUUCAGCCACAGAUCACAGAUGAUUAUGGUUUAGAUAACUUUGAUACACAGUUCACCAGCGAACCUGUGCAGCUAACCCCGGAUGAUGAAGAUAUAAUAAAGCGGAUAGAUCAGUCAGAAUUUGAAGGAUUUGAAUAUAUUAAUCCCUUGCUGCUGUCAACAGAAGAAACAGUAUGAAGGCAUGUCAUCUGUGAUGUGGACAAUGUGAAUGACCUUUUAAAUUUAUCCUUAACUACAGUAUAUGCAUGCGAGGCUGGGAACUGUAAGAUUUUGGAUGGAGACCAAUGAUUUUUUUAAAAAAUUGCUGCUGAAAGUCAAAGAGGAGACUAAUGAUUUUGGUGGGCGUCUUCCACUACCUAAUGGUUCUUAAUUUUGGGGCACUGACAAAACUGGCUACAUUAAUGAAGGAAUUUACAUUUUGUGCCUGUUUCAUGAAGAAUCAAAAACAUUCAUUGCAUCCUCAAAGAAAAAGAGAUUCUGAAUGACUUGGAGAUCUUCACUCUUUCUACAAAUAAUUGAUGCAAUGAAUUACCAUUUGAAGAAUAUUAGUGUAACAUCCUGAAGAAUAAAUGUAUUACGGUGGUGUUGAAGCUUAUUUUUGAUGCCUUUUUUUCCACAAGUGAUACCUGUCUAAGUGUCUCAGAUAUAUUUAAAAGGAGUUGUGUU